CAGGAAACACCUCUCUGCUAUGAAGGGGACAGUCUGACUCCAUCUGAAGCAACUGCGCUUAGCAGACGCCUGUGAACACAACUUAGACAGCAAAUCAGCGACAUAACUGUCAUCCGUUUAGCAUUUAAGUCUACAUUCGACAGUACGCCACUGAGAAAUUCGUUCUUCACACUGCUCCGUGCGAGACGAAACUCACAAGUGCGCCCGAACAUCGGUGAUCUGCAUCUUCCGUCUCACGCACCUCUGGACUCUAACAGGGAUAAACGAUGUCUUACCGCGCGCGCAAUUUCCACCCGAAACACCAGAGACUUUCUUACCUAUGCUUUUAAUGCGUGUUUUUUAUUUUUAUUCUGAAAUUAAGGAAGAUGCUCACAUCCUCUGCUUAAUGUCAGGCAUCACUUCUCGGAACAGAAAGUGGGCGUUUUUCUACAACCGAAGGAUUCAUGCGAGCGCUGCAAGUUCGCUGUUUAAACGAUAUACAUGUUAAUAAAAUAAUUCGCUUUAUUGCUUUGAUGUGAAGAAAGUGAUGCUGAAGAUGCGUCAGGGUAAAUAAGAACGCAGUGGUAGGCUACUGAUAUAUAGCCUAUAUGGCACAGGAGAAUGUGUAUAAUAACCGCAGUAUAGUGGAAAAUUACAUCCACCAUAAGCUGUGGAAGAAGGGAUACGUUUGGGAAGUGAAUGGACAUGACAGUGUCUCGAAUGGACUGAGUAUGGGGAGGCAGGAGAACAGCGUCGUCUCUCCCAGCUCCCGUCACGACCCAUACAGCGCUCUUCAUAACGUGCUACGGGAGGCUGGGGAUGAACUGGAGAGUUUAUAUCAGUCGGACUUUGCGGAGAUGUCCAAACAGUUGCACGUCACGUCCAUCACGGCACAUCAGCGCUUCAACGCAGUCAUAGAUGAGCUGUUCAGGGACGGCGUGAACUGGGGCAGAAUAAUCGCUUUUUUCGAGUUUGGGGGCACCGUUUGUGCUGAAUGCGUGAAUAAGGAGAUGACGGGGCAGGUGGAUAACAUUGCUGUCUGGAUGGCAGACUACCUGAACGGGCCGCUUCACGGUUGGAUCCGGGAGAACGGCGGUUGGGAAGCAUUUGUGGAGCUCUACAGCAGCCAGAGGGAUUCUGUGUUUCACAGUUCAUGGUCAUCAAUAGUAACGGUCUUUGGUCUAGCUGCUCUCGGGGCUGUUGGCUUGACCAUAGGAGCCUACCUUGCUCAACAAUAAGGAACCUUCUGCUUCUUCACACGCCUUCCCUCUUUUCUAUCGAUUCAACACUCUCUGUGCUGUCAAAAUUCCAUUCUCUGCUUUCCCCAAAAGACAUUCAUGUCCCAAGACUGAUCCUCUAUAAAGCCUUGCUCCCACUCUUUUCAAGUCUUUCUUUCCCACUUUAUUUCAAGUCUCUGCUUUCAGAAAGUCAGAAAAAAAAAGAAAAUUAAUGCACAGCCGACACAUAAUGAGAGGUUGGCAAAAAAGAUAGACAAAAGGUGAAAGACACUGAUGACAUUGUUUAAAUUAAUUCACAUUUUAAAUAAUUUUGAGUGUAGUACAUAACAGACUUACUGGAUUCCUUAUAUAAAUAUGAAGAUGAUUAUAAAGAUAUAAUUAUCUGCAUGAAGCAUCUGCACUAAAGUAGAUCCUGGUUUUUUAAACAAGUCUUGUUUUUUGUAGGAUAGUUUUAUAGUGUAUGAAGAAAAAGAAAUAGUGCAACUGUUAAGGCAGUUGUUUAGCCGAUAGUGUAUGUAAAUGUUUAGUCACAGUAUCCCUUGCACACAUGGCAAUUUUGAUUUGAUUAUAGUCGACUCUGCCGCGAUUGCUCAUCUAAAAAAAGAAUGCUACCAUCAAAACCACGGUCCACACUAAAAAAAGUAGACUGAGACCACUGGACAGUUAAUUCUCUAAUCACUUCCAAAGGACUCUGCUGCAGUUAAAAUGAAGUAUGAAUGGAUCAUGGAGUUAAGACAACUGAUGAGAAACUAAAACCGGACAAGAUUCACCAUCAAAAAGGCAGAAGGCUUAAACCAUCUUUAAACAUCUAAUGCAACACAGAAAGUUCAAAACAAACAAUGUCCAAAAAAGGAACCAAAAACCUUGUCAAAAUAUUCAAUGUGGCUUCAGUUAUUCAACUCUAAUCAUGUGAAGCUCCAAGAACAUUUCUGUGUAUCAAAAAAAAAAAAAAAAAAGAAAUUCCACAAUUAUUAUGGGCGAUUUGACGUUUGCAGUUGGGCUGCUGACUCUAAUGGCAAUACUUACUAAAAGCACAGCCCGACGACCUGCCGUGGGAGAAAAGGUUCAUCAUUACAGUUUUUAUAAUUACAAUUGAACCACUGAACUUACAUGGGAUGUUUUGAAAAUAGUCUUGAUUCCUUUUCCGGACAUUGAACAUCUCUGGACUGCUGUCUAUGGAGGAUGAGGUACCUUAUAUCUUAAUUUUUGCUCAGAAGAUAAAUGAAGGUCUGAGGAGGGUUUUAAUUUUUAAUUAAGGGUUUUUUAUUUUAUUAGCUCUUCACAAGUUUUCUGGUGAUAAAAACACCAUAACGUGUGUAUACUGUGUAUUGUCUUUAACCCAGCAUACAAUAUUGUUUUGAAUGUUCAGUAAGUUCUGUCACAUAAAAUUUGACCUAAAGUAUCACAUUGUAAACACUGAGCAAACCAGGACCAUUGGUGCAUUCACAUCAUGUUGUGGUUACAAGAUUAGUAGCAUUCUCGUGGAAAUUGUAAAUAGAAUUUGUAAACUAGAAGCUUUUAGACAGCUUAUUUAAGUUUCUUGUACCAUCUGACUGUUCUACCAC